AUGGCCGACGGAAUGGAGACAUGGAAGCCCGAGAUGUCGGCUACUUCGUCUGACGCGGACUGGCCGCGGAAUGGCGCUCUGCUCAAGGGCAAGGAGUCGGAUGACCAUCCAGGCUGGGUCCAGUUUGAGGACGGCCGCUGGCUGCCGACUACGCAGCACGGGACCCAGAUCUUGUUCAAACAGUAG